AUGACCCCGAAACAAGUCCUGGGAUUAUGCCUGUUAGUGUUGCUGGUUGGUCAAGGAACUUCCCUUUAUCUGUUGAAUAGACUGAGCUAUUUGAGAUUACCAUCGUAUGACGCUUCUUCUAACGACCAGGUCUAUAAACUAUUUGGAGGAACUGCCGAAGAAAGCGCUUAUGACGCAAACGAACAAAUUUUAUACGUUGUUGGUGAAGAAUCUUAUGUUCUUCAUAUCAUUGAUAUGUCUAACCCAAGAGCUCCUGCAAUUCUGAUGGAACACCGUUUCCUGGUUACAGAUGGGGUUCCAAGGGAUGUAGAAGUCUGUGGUACUCGAGUUGUCGUCUCUCUGUCCUCGCCUGUAGCUGUUUAUGAUGGCCAUGUUAAGUUCUUCCGAGCAUAUGAUAGAGUAUCUCAGACCUUUGCUUACGAGAGCCAGCUUCCAGUUGGUGUAUUUCCGGACAACAUUAAAUUUACAUCAGGGUGCAGUAAAUUGAUUGUUGCUAACGAAGGACGACAUGGUAAAGACCCAUUCAAUAGAUUCAGCGAUCCCGAGGGAUCCGUGAGUAUAAUAUCCAUACCUACCACAGGAAGUCCAACAGAAAGAAUCGCUGAUUUCAACCAGUUCAAUAGCAGACAAGAUAUUCGACACGUGUCUGCUUUCGCGCCAAAUUCUGAAAUAAUGAGAGCCACAUUAGCCCAAGAUUUGGAACCAGAAUAUAUUGCUGUAUCGAGUGACGGAAAUACCGCUUAUGUUACUUUACAGGAAAAUAACGCCAUUGCACAAUUAGAUCUCAGGCAAGGAAUAGUAACUCAGUUGUUCAAUCUUGGUACUAAAGACUGGUCAGAUCUCCAACUUGAUGCUAGUGACAGGGAUGGAGGUAUCCACCCGCGAUCUUUCCCAAUCAGAGGUUUAUAUCAACCAGAUGGUUUAAAGACAUUUAGUAUUGGUAGAAGAAACUAUCUUGUAACAGUUAAUGAAGGAGCCGUUAAAUCUUAUACUAAAGAAAUUGAUGGUUUGGUCUGGUCUGAUGGGGUUCUAGCUGAUAGUCUUGGAAGAGGUAACCAUCUGAACGAAAUUGCAAUUAAUAACCAAACAUUUAUCAAUGAACUUAGUCAAGACAGUCGAUUGGGUCGAUUAUUGGUAUCUUCAAUUGAUGGAGCAACUCUGUAUGGCUUACAGUCGAUCCAUACUUAUGGUGGACGAGGUUUCAGUAUUUGGGAAACAUCUAAAAUGUCAGAACCUGUUUACGACAGUGCAGAUGAUAUACAGAAAAUCAAUUCUCAAGCAUUUAAAACUAUAUUUAAUACCGAUUGUGCUGCAUGGACCAACCAAUCACCAGAGACACUUAGAGAUACCACAUCAGAUAACAUGGGUCCUAAAUUAAAUGCGAUAGAUAUAGUUAAUGAUAAUGGCACUAUAUUAAUGGCACUUGGUAGCGAGACUAUGGGAGUAGUUUAUCUCUAUGUUAUUAAUACUACUACACUGACGCCAGAACUACAAAAUGUAAAAUAUGAAGGUGGAACCAGUGACUUGUGGAGUGAAUUGUACGACAAUAGCAACGCAGGAAACGCUUACAUCUCAGACAUUGGUAUCAUUAAGGCUUCUCAAAGUCCCAAUAACCAAACUCUAGUAUAUGUAGUAAGUAACGGAUCUGGAUCUGUGGCUGUAUAUAGUGUAACUGACAAACCCAGUGUUAGCAAUCCACUUGGUUAAUAUGUUAUUAAUUCAUUUAUCGCACACCCCUUUCAUUCAUCGUGAAAUAUAUUUGUCUGAACAAGUUAAAGGUGUUUUGUUUUA